AUGGCACCCAACCACAACUACCAGCCCAUCAUAGUCUCAAACGAUGACCUCCCAACUGCCCGCAAGCGACGAGCCAUCUACCUCCGUCCCUUCCUCCUCUUCUGGCUACACGCCCUCAUCGCCGAAACCAUCUUUCUUGCCGUCGGCGUCUUCAUCAUGAGUGGCACGCAAGACCUCUUCUACAAAGUCAUGUGGACGCUCGUUUUCUGUCCCCUAGGCAUGGCCGGGGCAAUGGGUGGCCUGAUAAACUGCUUCAUCGUGGACCACUACUACGGCAAAAAGGCGGCCCAUUUUACUGCGAUUUUGACAUUGCUGGUUCUCAGCACCUGCAACUAUCUGUGUUACAACUUGGACAAACAUUUCGGGUGGUUUGGGGCCACUGAUCACCCGAUGUGGUUCCAUUGGCGGUAUCCGAUGAUUUGGACGGUUGGUCCAAAUAGCCAUGUUCCGGGAAAAGAAAACAUUAACACAAUGAAUCACAUGCUGAGUAUUUGGGGGAAAAUAGAUGCCUGGCUUGGCUGGGUCUCUAUCGGUGCUAAUCUAUGCUUGGUAAUUCUGUCUCAUUUAUCACAUCCGUCCCAAGACGUGGCAGAACUGAGAAUCGCCGAGCCGCUCAAAGCUCUCGUCCUCAUGUCACCUUGGAUCUCUUUUCGCCACGACUGGCCGAGCAUGACGACCAACGAACAUAAAGAUAUCGACGCAAGGGAAGUCACAGAGAGAUGGUCGCAAGACUACUUGAAUGGAGUAUCCACGAACCACUACGCCGAAGCAGUUGAAGCUCCUGAAACGUGGUGGGUAGGUGCUCUGGUCAAACAGACUCUCGUCCUCGCUGGCAGCGAUGAGGUGUUACUGGAUUCGAUCACGACUUGGGUUCAGAGGUUUUCCAAAUCAAAUCCUGAUACAACCCUGGUCAUUGGUCAGAACGAGUGCCAUAUCGCACCCCUCAUUUGGCCCCUUUUUCAUGACCACCACGAGACCCAACAGGCUCUUGCUUUGAAGAGCUGGCUAUGCGAGCGGCUGCGUGCAUAG